AUGGAAGGAGAGACAGAUUGGGGAAUCAGACGGACGGGCGGGGAUGUGGGAUGCGCCGAAGUCGUUCCCGGCGAAGUCUGCCCCAUCUCCUCCAUCCCCUUCGCUCCUGCUGCACCACUGCCUCUAUCAAUGCAUCACCAUGUGCCGUCGGCGGCGCUCGACAUUUCAUGGAGACCUCUGGCCGAUCGUCUGCUCCUCCAGCAGCAUCACAACGACGAGAGGAGUGGUUGCACGGCAAAGGAGAGAGGGAACGUUGCUGGAGAUAUCGCCCAAGCUGCGAACGACCAAGGGACGCAUGAACGAAGAUGCAAACUGCCAGAUAACGUCCACGCGCACCUUCUACAUUAA